AUGGGUUCAUUUUCUUUCCCCAAAAACAUAACCACUGCAAAUGGUUUCCACCAAGAACAACCAAACAUACAGAUAGCAGCAACAACAGCAACAUCGGGCUCACUAGUAGUGCCAGAACUCACAAUAGAACAAUUUUCCGAAAUAAAACUACCUGCCGUGGGAAUCGAGUAUAACAAAACAUCAUCGAAACCAAUAUAUGAAGGUGCCAAUGGUAUUAUAUUCAAAGGUAGUGAUGCAUCACAUUCAAAAGUUGUUGUAUUGAAACGAGUCAAACAAAAAUGUGACCAACCAUUGCAUGAUUAUAUUCAGCAAGUGUUACGAGAAUUCAAUACUAUGAAAAUAUGCAAUCACAAAAACAUUAUUUCUAUAUUUGAUCUUGCCACAAUAUCUGAUACUAAAGAACUUGCAUUAAUUCUUCCUUAUUAUCCCAAAGGUGAUUUAUUAAAUUAUUUAUCUCGAUUACGACGAUUUAAAAUUGAAUUAUCGGCAAGUUUAAAAGAUUCCAUUUUUAAACAAAUUUUAAAAGGAGUGAAUUAUCUUCAUGGUAAAGGAAUUGUUCAUCGUGAUUUAAAACCAGAGAAUUUUUUAAUUGAUUCUGAUGGGAUAUUAAAAAUAUCUGAUUUUGGUUAUAGUUUAAAUAUUAAUAAUCAUCCUUUAUGUCAUGAAUAUUUUAAAUCAAAUCCUCAUGAAUUAUAUUGUGGUACCAAUAGUUUUAAAGCUCCAGAAUUAUUUACCAUUGAACAUGAAAUAAAAUCAAAUCGAUUUGAUUUUGAUGGAUAUUUCAAAGAUGAUAAUACCAUUACGUGUUUUGAUAAACUGAAAUAUUUGGAUUAUUGGGCAUUGGGAAUAAUUUAUUUUGUCAUUUUUUUAAUGAAAAGUCCUUGGACAACUGCAAAUUCUUUAGAUUCGAAAAAUUUAGCUUAUAUUAAUUAUUGUAAACAUUAUCCUAAUUCAUCAUUGAAAUUAAAAGAAAUCUUGAUUGAAUUGAACAAGAAAUCUCCUUCACUGUUUACUGCUAUUUCUAACAAUAACAAUAACAAUAAUGGUCAUAAUAAUAAUCCAGCAUUAAAUUUAUUUAAAAGUUUACAUUAUGAUUCUCGUGAAUCAAUAUUAGGAUUAUUAAAUCCUCAACCAGAUAAAAGAUUAACUCCUAAUCAAUUAUUGAAUACUAAUUGGUUAUCACAAGUUUAUGCUGAUCCUAAAGAUUUAAUAAAAUUAUUAAAAUGA